AUGGGCUCAGGGUCUUCUUCCGCCAUGCUUGGGUCCGCCAAGACGUUCCUGAUCCUCUUCUUGCUGGUGGUGACAGUGUUCGCUCAGCCCGUCAGCAUCGCCCAUAGAAGAAGAAGCCUGUUUGAUACUGUGAAGUUGCAUAGAAGCAAAGAUGCCGUUUCGGUAGAGUUCGAGACGCCAUGUAGGCAUUGUUUUGAUGACGGGGAGUCCAAUGUUAUAUUCAACAUUCGUAUUGCGCGGACAAGUAGUGUCUGUGGGGAAAAUGACGUGCGACUAAAUGACCAAAAGCUAGCCUUUGCCUGGGAUGGAGCCAAUGCUGUCGGAGAUGGUGUGGUUACAGCCCAGGUGGCGGGAAGAAAAGAAGACGUGGAUUUACGUCUACAUUGGAGAAGCCUGUGCAUUGCCAGCCCUAGAGGGUCUAUUGAAGACUAUGCUGCCCAGAUUCUCACCUUCACGUUUUACCCUGCCGGCCAGGAAGAAGGGAACGAUACAUCAGGGUUUGCUGUCUCAUUCAAUUCCGUGGAUAAACCAGAAAUUUUACGCCUUGUAACUUCACCAGCACCAACUUCCGAUAAACCGUCUGUCCUGGAAGAAUGGUUGAACACCAAUGGAAACGACAGGCUACAGCAAGCGAGUCUUGUCAAGGGUCAUCCCAUCACAGAUGCUGAGCUAGAAGAACAGCUCAAGGAACUGCAUAAACUAAGAGAUCAGGCUAAGGCUCUUGGCGAUGUUAUCAAGGAGAAAGAUGAAAAGAUUCGGGAACAUCUCUUUGAAGACUGUACCAAUCUUACAGCAGAGCUCAAAGAGUGUAAGACUCUACAGUGCUUCAUAUCAGCUACCUUUCAGCUUGUCCCAGACAUGUUUCGCCUCGUGAAGCAUCGGUUUGGGCCUCUACCGACCUCCUUAGCAGAUAGCCCCUGUCGACCCGUCUCCAAAGUCCGUCAGAAUGGAUCAGAGGAAGGGUCUGAAGGAAAAAAUAGUACAAGUCCAUACUAUAUACCCUAUCCGGUUGGAUCUAACAAUACAUCGACAACUAUUGAUACUACACAAAACUCCAAUAUAGGUUGGACAGAACCAUCACCUUCAAAACCGCCUCCCAAUCAACUACCUUCUCGUUCAGCUAUAAUAAAACAUGUCAUUCGUGACUUUGCCUUCGUCUCCCUUUUCGUGGCUGUUAUUUACAUGCUCCUAAAACAUUGCGGAAAUUCAAUAAGUUGUCGAAGACGCCGAGUGGACAUGCUAGCCCGUCGUGAACAGAGACGAACACUGCACGCCUAUCGAGCAGCAGCAUGUCGAUACCGGCUUAGACAAUGGUGGCACAGACUGCUAGGUCGUGAAGACAUGACUCCAAUAGCCCAAUCUCCAACUACUCCCACCAACGCCCACCAACGCGAUGACAUCCGGAUAUCAGCUUUACCCCCUGACUCUUUGACCCCGGGCUCAGAAAACGAUACAAUGCCUAAUGAAAUCUUGGGAUUACGGCGGGUAUUUGAAUUUGUUGGUGAGCUCGUAAAUCCCAACAGUGCACAUGCCGCAGGUGAUCGAACACAGGCCAGACUUGCGGCUCAAGACAUCACUCAAAUCGCUGCGCGAAGAUACGCAACGGGCACACCAGCCCCGUCGUCCACUGCUCCUUUGACCACGAUCGGCUCUCCUAGAGCAAGUACUAGCAUACUCAGCUUUGAGACCGAUUCCGAGGAUACAGUUGACAGUCUUGAUCCAGAAACAGCCACGAUGGUUAGUGGAUAG